AUGCCGCGCCGAACGGUGCUCCAGGGCGUGGCGCUCCUGUUUGCCAUCGCCGCAUACGGGGCGAGCGUCAUAGAGGCUGCCGCCACCCACACAUAUUUGGACGAAGACAUCCAGCUCAGCGAAGUUUACGGCGGCCCACAUGGCGAUGCGUUCUCGGACAUGUCGUCAAUCAAACUAGGACAAACACUCAGCUCUAUCACAGUGCGAGGUGCUGCACGGAUAGACGCCGUCUCGACACACGUUGCGACGCCAGUUGAAGCGACUUGGGACCAUGGAGGCCGUGGCGGGACAGCAACUACGUUAGUGCUCGAUACAGACGAGUACAUCAACUCAAUGGAGAUUCACUGGGGCAAGAAGAAAUCCCAUAUUCGAGUCUUUUAUCUAAAAUUCACUACGAGUGACGCGCGAUAG